AUGGAUUCUGUGGCAAACUUCUGUGCUUCUAUUACCUACAUGGGAAAAAGGGGUAGGCUGUGUGGCGCGGCGACUGGCGGCGCGUGCGCGCUGCGGGCGGCGGGGGACGUGCCGGGGGAGGUGGCGGGAGGCGGGGGGCGGCUCACCGCCGCGCACUGGCAGGUCGUCGACCUCGAGCUCUACUACUGCACCGACAUCGAGCUCGUCACGCAGGCGAGUCUAGAGGAGGAGAGGAGUGCGGAGGCGCUGAGGGUGCUGCUGGAGCUGGUAGCGGAGGCGGCCGGGGCGGAGGAGGGCGGGGAGGGGGAGGGUGGCGGGCGGGAGGCGCGCGAGCUGCGCGUGUCGACGGAGCCCGGCCGCUACAACCUCACCAUCGAGCCGGCGGCGGUGCGGGCGGCGCGGGGGGGUGGAGCCGGCGCAGGAGUCAUCAGCAUAUCGAAGCAGCCCGGGCAGUACAGCCUCACCAUCGAACCGGGUGCGAGGGGCGGGGCGCGGGUGGGGCUAGUGCGGCGCAGCGCGGCGAACGAGCGCGCGCUAUGGGCGCACGUGCACGCCGCCUACACACGCAGUGGGCGGCGAGCGUCGGCUCUGACGCUGCAGCGGCGCUGGGUGGAGCUGCGGCGGUGGGCGGCACGCCUGGCCGCCGGCACUGCGCCACCGCACCCGCUGCUGUACGCGCUGCUGUUGCGGUUCCCGUGGGUGGCGGACGAGGCGCCGGCGAGCUGGGGCGAGCUGCGGCGCACCGGCCGCCUGCACCGCCUGCCGCACCUGCAGGCGGAGUGCAGGCGACGCGCCGCGCCGGUGGAGGAGUCGGACAUGUCCUACUUCAGAGACAUACUGGGCUCAGUCGAGGCGGGAUCCGAGGGCGAGCUCCCGCCAGUCCACUCAAGCCCGGCCGGCAUCCGACACCCAACUGACCCGGGAAACUGGUGCGAACCGAAGACAGAGGACGACGACGUUCCGCUCGAGGGACGGCCCCCCGCCUCGCCCGACCGCGCCGGGCCGAGCGACGCGGGGGGCCCUCCCCCGCCUUCCCUGGCAGACUCGCCGAUACUAAAGCCAACACAAGAACCCAAAGAAACAGAAAAAUUAACGUGCUCCAAUUCAGUGGCCUACGAUAAACAAUUAACGAAGGAUGUCGUCGUGGUCGUCACGAGGCUGGAGAAGUGCCCGACUGCCGCGCGCGCCCGCUUCCCCGCGCCCUCUGCCGCGCGCGCCUGCUCCUCCGCCCCGCCCCGCGCCGCACCCGCCGCCGUAACCCCCGCCACACCCCCCGCAGCGCCGCCCACCACGCCGCCCACCGCGCCGCCCGCCCCCCGCGCCGCUCGCUCCUUGCGGCUCAGGAGGCUGGGCCACCGCACGGCGCUGCCCCAAGGAUUUUGGAAAAUUAAAGCAAAUAUGAGGCUUCUCGACACGCUGAAGCCGCUCCGAGUGAUGGUGGAGAGCCUGCCUCUCCCCGCACCCCCGCCGAGCCCGCCACCCGCACCGAGCCCGCCACCCGCGCCGAGCCCGCCACCCGUGCCGAGCCCGCCGCCCCCCCCGCCGCCCCCGCCGAGCACGCCGCCGACGACCGAGGUUAAGCACGAGCGAUCGCUCUCCCCCGCGCCGAGCCCCGCGCUGUACCCCGAGCCGAGCUUCGCGCCGUGCCCCGCGUCGUGCCCUGCACCGAGUUCCGCACCGUGCCCCGCGCCGAACAUCGUGCCUUGCCCCGCGCCGAGCCUCGCGACGUUCCCCGCGUUGAGCCCCGCGUCAAGUCCCGUGCCGUGCACCGCGUCGAGCCCCGUGCCAUGCCUCGCGUCGAGCCCCGUGCCAUGCCGCGCGUCGAGCCCCGCGUCGUGCCCCACGUCGCCGGAUGUGCUAGUCAUAGACAUCUCGGACUCAGAGGCACCCAGACCUCGUGCACCCGACCGCGGCGGUGGAGCGGCCUCCAAGAGGAAGAAAAAGUCAAAGAAAUCUCGCAGCAGCGAUAAAUCGUCGAGCCGCAAGCGUCGGCGCUACGCGCGAAAGCCGCUCGAGAAGUGGAAGUGGGCGCCGCCGCCGCCGCCGCCGCUUUCCCCGCACCAGGAGUGGGAACGCCAGAAGAACAUCAUGGCCCAGUACUUCACCCUGCCUGCCUGUCCCCUGCGCCCCCCGCGCCCCGCCCGCCCCACGCGCGCAGUCAGCGACAUCUAUUGCACCAUGACCGCUGACCCUGGCGACCUCGUCACCGUCAGCGACGACGACGAGCCGCCGCUCACCGAGAACGUGAAGCCGACGCCGCCAACGCCGUCGCCCCCUCCGUUCGAUGCGUUCAUCCCCGUCAAAGACUCACCGAAGGAUUCGCCGGUCGCGGCGCAAUUCGAGACGACGCGGCGGACGCCGCCGACCGUCCCGGGCGACGACUCCUUAGACACCGCGCUGCGGAUGCCGAUCAUCGCGAGCGUCACGUCGCUAGCGGGCGCGGGGGGCCGGGCGCGGGGGGCGGCCGCGCCCAACACGUGCUCGUCGGCGAGCGGCGCGGGCCGAGCGGACAGUGCGGUACUGUACGUGGUGGACGAGGACACAGGAGGGCGGGGCGUCGUCCUCAGCCUGCACCGGAGCCUCACCGCGGCCGAGUACCUCGCGCAGGCGCUCUGCCCCCGCGGCCCCGUGUACCGCCUCGACGCCGCCGAGCCGCUGUGGACGCUGCUGGGCGACUACAUCAUCGUCACCAGCGACGCCCUGCCCGCCGCCGCGCCCGCCUACUGGGCUCCCGCCGAUGCCACGCCCCUCGCCGAACCCGCGCGCCUCCUGCUGCCGCCCGAACCGCCCGCGCCGCUGCAUGAGCUGCUGGUGUGCGAGUGCUCGCCCGCCGCGCCCAAGUGCGACCUGUGCACCUGCGUCGCCGUGCUCGCCGGCCCGCGCCCCCCGGCCCCCGCUCCGACCAAGAUACAGGUCAAGUCCUUCGCCCGGGUGGCGGGCGGUGCCGACGACGCGCCGGCCGUCAUCCGCGGCGGCGCCGGCCCGCUCGUGCGCUCCGGCGUCGCGCCGCUCACGUACGAGAGCGCCCCGGGCGGCGGCGGUGACUUGCGCGUGGUGAACAAGGCGCUGCAGCGGCGGCUGGGAGACGGGGGGUGGGUACCGGUGCUGACGGCGGUCAACGGCGCGGCGGCGGCGCGGCGGCUGGCUCGCGCGGGCCGCCCGCUCCGCUGCUCACCCUUCCGCACCGUCAAGCCGGCGCCGCCGCGCCUCUUCGCCGAGCUGCAGCGCGUGCUCAGCGAGCCCGACUCCCCCGAGCCGUCCGCGCCACCCGCGGCUCCCGCGAUUGAGAAGAUGUUCUGUUUAACGAAUGGAAAGUUUUAAUAAUUAUAGUUUGUGUGUUAAUCGCGGCAACUUUGAGGAGUGACAUGGAGCGCUACCGAUACUGUCGCCCGCACCGCUCUCUCCAGGCUCUCGCAUGCCCCAGCGCACGAGGUAUCAGACCAACUCCUGGGUGCAAGAGCAACUCCCGGCUGGCAUUCUGAUACCUAGAAUAUUAUCAGAAUGCCAGCCGGGAGUUAUGUAAUCUUUACUUAUAUUAUAGACUGAGAGA